CAACCGACGGCAGUGCCAUUUACUAUCAUUCGAAGAGACAGGAGAGAAUAAAUAAAUAUUACGGUCUUUCGCCUCCUGCUAGGCCCACUACCACGCUCCAGGCCAAAGGCCAGACCUUCAAACUCCAACGACCAGAGAAAUCGGCUUCUUACUGGUAGAGACAGUUCAUUCCGGUGAUAUUGCGUCGAGAUGAAGCCUAUAAUAGCUGUCCCGGCGACUCUUCUGCUGGUACAUCGCGCCUGGUCAAGGAAAUCGCUUACACCGUUGGGCAUUGUAUUCGCAGCGCUCACGGCGGUAAUACAUGCAAUCCACCCGUCUUCGACUCCCUUUGCUCUUUUAAUCGUCUUCUUCUUGGGUGGUACGAGGGUAACCAAAGUAAAACACGACGUGAAGGCUCGCCUGACAAUAUCAGCCGCUGGAGCAGCCGGUGGAGAAGGAUCACGAACUCAUAUUCAAGUGCUUGCAAACUCGGGUGCCGCCUCCAUUUUGAUAUUACUCGACUGCUAUCGGAUAUACUACAAAAACGGGAAUCUGUCGUGUCUUCCGUAUGGCAGGCCUGAGAGCCUCCUCAUGGUUGGAAUCGUUUCGACCUACGCUGCCGUUGCCGCUGAUACGUACUCCAGCGAGCUGGGAAUCCUCUCCAAAAGCGCCCCUCGUCUGAUAACAUCUCCUACCUUUCGAAAAGUCCCUCCCGGAACAAAUGGCGGAAUAACGCUUGUUGGUGUCGCAGCUGGAUCUUUGGGGGCAUUUACUAUUGCCGUGACAUCCCUGCUGCUCCCAUUUUGUUCUCUUGGUUCACCUGUUGCUGGCUGCUCGAAGCUCGGUCUCGAGGGAGGGAGUGCUUGGAGUUGGAAUGAGCAAGCACUUUGGGUCCUCGCGAUCACGAUAUGGGGUACACUGGGGAGCCUUCUUGACAGCCUUCUUGGAGGACUGCUUCAAGCCACUGUUGUCGAUAAACAAACGGGAAAAGUCGUUGAAGGAUGUGGUGGACAAAAGGUCAGCCAUACCCCGCGCUGCCUCUCUCCCGCUAAUAGCUCUUCCGUUAACAUAAUCGACUAGGUUCUUAUCCAUGCUGGUGCUCUCACGUCCAAAAUCAUGGGAGAUCCUCCUGUCCGGCAAGAAACAUCCCUUCGAACGAACGAGGACAUUGCUAAUGCCUUGUCACCGCAUGCUUCUCCUCACGAGAAUAACGAGGGAAUUUCAGAUCCGGCUCAUGAGAGCCGUAAGAUCACCGCCGGCAGUGACAUUCUCGACAACAAUGCUGUCAAUUUCCUGAUGGCUAGCAUUAUGGCGGUCGGAGGCGUUGCCAUGGCCAGCUUCAUCUGGGGCACCCCCAUUGACAGAAUAUUCCGCGAAUGGUAAUAUUUCAAUGAAUAGACGCCGAUAUGACAAACGAAAAAAAUACACACAAUAAACAAGCUCUCACGAUAACUCUAUCGGUGUCCCUUUUGCUUAACAUCUUGAUAAGAGCAGCUUCUGGUGAUUAUACCCCUUUCCGUGGGCCAAGCCGAGGCACAAAAAACUGGGGCAUCUUAUGCCUCAAGAUAUGCGCUCAUCCGAGGACGGCGAUUUAUGGAGAUAGAGAUCCAGUAUAUAAUCAUAGUGGGCUGACCAGCUGCAAGGGUAAAGUUGCAGCCCUGACUCCGUUGGUGGGGAUACAUCGUACGGGGUAGACUAUGGCGACCAAAGCUUCUUGGCUCUUCCUACAACCACGUCACCUGUAUAGGCGUUGGAAUGUCUGCAUCAGCUCUGGGGUUAGUAUUGAAACGAUGAUAUUAAAUCAAUGGUACCUGGUUCUUUGAACAACAACCUGCCGGCGGGACUUUGGGAGGCGAACACUUUAUCCAGGUACAAAUAAUUAGACCCCUACUCCAAUGUAGUUAGGCUGUUACAAUUUAAGCACUAACAAUCAUUGUAGGAUGCGUCUAUGAUGUGCCCAGCGCUCUUUAUAGCUUCAUGUUGCUCUCAGUCGAGCUAGACCCAGCCGAUGCAGCGGUCAGAGGAGAUCCGAGAGCAAUUGAUGCACUCGGCCCAUAAGACCGCAUCUCUCUCUCUCUCUCUCUCUCUCUCUCUCUCUCUCUCCUGAGGUAGUCAGAUGCGUUUGGCAGUAGCAUUGCUCCGAUAGCCUCUUUUCCUAAUUGAUAUCAACGCUGAGCGGGACUUUACACACAUGAAUGUCAGGCCUCAUUCAGUGUAAUCACAUUGCUCGGCCCGACCAUGAAACCUUUAGAAAGGGAACCGUCAGAUGCCACAACUCCCUCUCCUCCGGAGGUAGCCAUAAUGUUUCUCUGGAAAGGAAAAUUGUCAUCGUAGUUUGGUAACAUCUCUGCGUUAAUAGCAUUGGAUAGUACCGUCUAUCAAUUCCACACGCUCUCCAUACGCACUCUGGAUACUGCGUAAUAUCCCAUUUGCAAUGCGACUGCCGCGGUUUCGCGUCUAUCUCGGGGAGGGGUCAUAAUUCCUGAUGUCCUUUAUAGCUAAAAAGGGCAAAAGAUUACUCCUGGGCUAGGGAGCUAGAACAGAGAAGUUCAUGAGAAAGGAACCCCCUGAGAAAUAUCAUGAUACCCUCUUACCGGCUUUUGAAAUCGGCUGCCUGGUCGGUUUGCUGAACUCUCCUCUUGUGCAACUCCCUUGGAGCUAACACCCUACCACGGUACCGCAUAUGUACUUGAUAUUGGAUACCCUAAGAUGCUUCAUAAUGAAAAUCUACUACUG